UAUCCAGUUAGCUUAACGCAGCAGCAACACCUUUGCUCUCUCUCUCUCUCUCUCUCUCUCUCUCUCUCUCUGUUUCUGCUAGGGUUUUCUUCCGCUCGCAUGCACGCAUUUCUCUGCACCCGACCUUGAUACUCUCCUCGUUAAUGUCGAUUUCACCUCCAACGAGCAUUUUUAAAUUAAUUUGUAUUUGGAGGAGAGAAAAUGUCGUCGAGUCGGGGUUCGGAACAGAUGCCGCAGAGGCGGCUGCAGAGGACGCAGACUGCUGGCGCGUUGGGGGAUUCUUCAAUCUUCAACAGUGAAGUCGUGCCAUCGUCGCUUGUCGAGAUUGCUCCGAUUCUUCGCGUAGCCAAUGAAAUCGAAUCGAUUAAUCCUAGGGUUGCUUAUCUGUGUCGAUUUUAUGCCUUUGAGAAAGCUCACAGGUUGGAUCCCACUUCUAGUGGACGUGGUGUCCGUCAAUUUAAAACUGCUCUUCUACAACGUCUUGAAAGGGAAAAUGAUCCAACUUUGAUGGGAAGGGUGAAGAAGAGUGAUGCACGAGAAAUGCAGAGCUUCUAUCAACAUUAUUAUAAAAAGUAUAUCCAAGCAUUGCAAAAUGCUGCUGAUAAAGCUGAUCGUGCUCAACUUACCAAAGCAUACCAAACAGCUGCUGUCCUUUUCGAAGUCUUGAAGGCUGUCAAUCAGACACAGUCUGUUGAAGUCGAUCAUGAGAUUUUGGAAGCUCACAAUAAGGUUGCUGAAAAGACGGAGAUAUAUGUGCCAUACAACAUUCUUCCUCUCGAUCCUGAUAGUGCAAAUCAGGCUAUCAUGCGGUAUCCUGAGAUUCAAGCAGCUGUUUUUGCACUUCGUAAUACUAGGGGUCUACCAUGGCCAACGGACUACAAGAAGAAGGCAGACGAAGACGUUCUUGAUUGGCUUCAGGCCACGUUUGGAUUUCAGAAGGAUAAUGUGUCUAAUCAAAGGGAACACUUGAUUUUACUACUUGCAAAUGUCCACAUACGACAAUUUCCAAAGCCUGAUCAGCAACCUAAGUUGGAUGAGCGCGCACUAACUGAAGUCAUGAAGAAGCUUUUUAAGAACUACAAGAAGUGGUGCAAGUAUUUAGAUCGCAAGAGUAGUCUUUGGUUGCCAACUAUCCAGCAAGAACUUCAACAACGCAAACUAUUGUAUAUGGGCCUGUAUCUUCUUAUUUGGGGUGAAGCUGCAAACUUGAGAUUCAUGCCAGAAUGCCUCUGUUAUAUCUAUCAUCAUAUGGCUUUCGAACUCUAUGGUAUGCUAGCGGGGAAUGUCAGUCCAAUGACUGGCGAGAAUGUUAAACCAGCCUAUGGGGGUGACGAAGAAGCCUUCUUAAGGAAAGUUGUGACACCAAUUUAUGAAACAAUUGCGAAGGAAGCUGAAAGGAGCAAAAGAGGAAAAUCGAAGCAUUCACAGUGGAGGAAUUAUGAUGACUUAAAUGAAUACUUCUGGUCAGUCGAUUGUUUCCGCUUAGGUUGGCCGAUGCGGGCCGAUGCUGAUUUCUUUUGUCAACCUCUAGAAGUGCUUCAUGGUGAAAAAAAUGGAGAGAACAGACCUGUGACCAGGGACCGAUGGAUGGGCAAGAUUAAUUUUGUUGAGAUUCGCUCAUUUUGGCAUGUCUUUCGAAGUUUCGAUAGAAUGUGGGGCUUCUUUAUCUUGUGUUUACAGGCAAUGAUUAUAAUUGCUUGGAAUGGAUCCGGCUCACCAAGCUCUAUAUUUGAUGGUGGAGUCUUCAAAAAGGUGCUGAGCAUAUUUAUUACUGCUGCAAUAUUGAAGCUUGGACAUGCUGUUCUCGACGUUAUCAUGAGCUUUAAAUCAAGGCGAAGUAUGUCAUUUCCAGUUAAGCUAAGAUACAUCUUAAAGGUUGUUUCAGCUGCAGCGUGGGUGAUAAUUUUACCAGUAUCUUAUGCUUAUACAUGGGAGAAUCCUCCUGGACUAGCGAAGACUAUCAAAAACUGGAUUGGGAAUAGCCAAAAUGCUCCUUCAUUAUAUAUUUUGGCCAUUGUUAUAUACUUGUCACCAAAUAUGCUCGCCGCAUUAUUGUUUCUGUUUCCCUUCAUCAGACGUUUCCUUGAACAGUCGAACUAUAAGAUUAUAACUAUCAUGAUGUGGUGGUCUCAGCCUCGGCUCUAUGUAGGAAGGGGAAUGCAUGAAAGCACAUUCUCACUUUUCAAGUACACCAUGUUCUGGGUUCUUCUCAUGAUAACAAAAUUGGCAUUUAGUUACUACGUUGAGAUAAAGCCUCUUGUGGGCCCUACGAAAUCUAUCAUGGCAACUCCGAUCAGAACAUUUCAAUGGCAUGAAUUUUUCCCACGAGCGAAGAGCAACAUAGGUGUUGUGAUAGCGCUAUGGGCUCCUAUCAUUCUUGUCUAUUUCAUGGAUACCCAGAUUUGGUAUGCAAUUUUCUCCACAUUAUUUGGAGGUAUUUAUGGUGCAUUUCGGCGUCUUGGAGAGAUUCGAACAUUAGGAAUGCUAAGGUCCCGAUUUCAAUCUUUGCCGGGUGCUUUUAAUGCUCGCUUGGUUCCAUUGGAGAAGACUGAAACUAAGAAGAAAGGGUUUAGGGCCACAUUAUCUCGCAAAUUUGCUGAGAUCCCACCUAAUAAAGAGAAGCAGGCUGUGAAAUUUGCCCAACUGUGGAACAAAAUUAUUAGUAGUUUUAGAGAGGAAGAUUUAAUAAGUAACAGGGAAAUGAACUUGUUGCUAGUUCCAUAUUGGGCUGAUCGUGAUUUGGACCUUAUCCAAUGGCCUCCUUUCCUGCUUGCUAGCAAGAUUCCAAUUGCAUUGGAUAUGGCGAAAGAUAGCAAUGGUAGGGACCGUGAGCUCAAAAAGAGAAUCAAUGCAGAUAAUUACAUGUAUUGUGCUGUUCGCGAGUGCUAUGCAUCAUUUAGAAACAUUAUCAAGCAGUUAGUUGAAGGGCCACGUGAAAAAGAGGUCAUAAAUGAUAUAUUUUCUGAAGUUGAGAAACAUAUAGCCAAUGACACCCUAAUAAGUGAAUUGAAGAUGAGCGCUCUCCCUAGUCUCUGUGACCAUUUUGUCAAGCUGAUUAAAUAUUUGUUGGACAAUAAACCUGAAGAAAGGGAUCAGGUCAUCAUUCUUUUCCAAGACAUGCUGGAGGUUGUGACUAGAGACAUAAUGGAGGAACAGUUUUCCAGCCUUUUGGAUUCAAGCCAUGGUGGUGGUUCUUAUGGAAGGUAUGAAGGGAUGACACCUCUUGAUCAACAAUAUCAGUUAUUUGCAUCCUCUGGAGCAAUCAAAUUUCCACUACCUGAAUCAGAAGCCUGGAAAGAGAGGAUCAACAGGCUAUAUCUGUUGCUGACUGUGAAGGAGUCUGCAAUGGAUGUACCAUCCAACCUAGAAGCCCGAAGGCGAAUUUCUUUCUUCUCAAAUUCUUUGUUCAUGGAUAUGCCGCCAGCACCUAAAGUUCGUAAUAUGCUUUCAUUCUCUGUUUUGACUCCCUACUAUACUGAGGAGGUUCUUUUCUCCCUACAAGAUCUUGAAGAACCGAAUGAAGAUGGUGUUUCUAUCCUUUUCUACUUACAGAAAAUCUACCCAGAUGAAUGGAAUAAUUUUCUUGAGCGGAUUGGAUAUAAAACCGAAGAAGAAAUCAGAGGAAACGUGGAACUGGAAGAUGAACUUCGUCUUUGGGCAUCAUAUAGAGGACAGACUUUGACAAGAACUGUCAGAGGCAUGAUGUACUACCGUAAAGCUUUGGAACUUCAGGCUUUCCUUGAUAUGGCCAAAGAUGAUGAUCUAAUGGAUGGCUACAAGGCAGCUGAAUCAACAUCUGAGGAACAAUCAAAAGUGGAAAGAUCAUUGUGGACACAAUGUCAAGCUGUUUCUGACAUGAAGUUCACUUAUGUGGUGUCCUGCCAGCAAUAUGGAAUUCACAAGAGGUCUGGUGAUGCACGAGCACAGGACAUUCUCAAGCUUAUGACAACAUAUCCUUCUCUCCGUGUGGCUUAUAUUGAUGAGGUUGAAGAACCAAACAAAGAUAAAACAAAAAAGAUAAAUCAGAAGGUUUAUUAUUCUGCUUUGGUGAGGGCUGCUAUAUCAAAGGCUGUGAAUCCUGCUGAGCCCAUCAAUCCCGUCGAGCCAGUCCAAAAUCUUGACCAGGUUAUUUAUCGAAUAAAGCUUCCAGGUCCAGCUAUCUUGGGUGAAGGAAAGCCAGAAAAUCAAAAUCAUGCCAUUAUUUUUACUCGUGGGGAAGGGCUGCAGACAAUUGAUAUGAAUCAGGAUAAUUACAUGGAAGAGGCCUUCAAAAUGAGGAACUUACUGGAGGAAUUUCUUAAAAAGCAUGACGGUGUGAGGUAUCCAACAAUACUAGGACUCAGGGAACACAUAUUCACUGGCAGUGUUUCUUCUCUUGCAUGGUUUAUGUCAAAUCAAGAGACCAGUUUUGUGACUAUUGGACAGAGGCUAUUGGCCAAUCCCUUAAAGGUCCGCUUUCACUAUGGACAUCCAGAUGUGUUUGAUAGACUAUUUCACCUUACAAGAGGUGGUGUGAGUAAAGCAUCCAAGAUCAUCAAUCUCAGUGAGGACAUAUUUGCAGGUUUCAAUUCUACUCUUCGUGAAGGAAAUGUAACUCAUCAUGAAUACAUGCAAGUUGGCAAAGGUAGGGAUGUGGGUCUUAACCAGAUCUCAAUGUUUGAGACAAAGAUAGCUAAUGGCAAUGGUGAGCAGACAUUGAGUCGUGACAUAUACAGGCUUGGACACCGUUUUGAUUUCUUCCGGAUGUUGUCAUGUUAUUUCACCACCGUGGGUUUCUACUUUAGCACAUUGGUGACUGUACUCACCGUAUAUGUAUUUCUUUAUGGGCGUCUGUAUCUUGUUCUUAGUGGACUUGAAGAAGGAAUGGCUCAGGAAUUUAGAUACAAUAAGCCUCUUCAAGUGGCUCUUGCUUCUCAGUCCUUUGUGCAACUUGGAUUUCUAAUGGCCCUGCCUAUGAUGAUGGAAAUUGGCUUAGAAAGAGGAUUCCGCACUGCACUAAGUGAUUUCAUACUCAUGCAAUUACAAUUGGCCCCUGUAUUUUUUACAUUUUCUCUUGGGACCAGGACCCAUUAUUAUGGAAGGACAUUACUGCAUGGAGGUGCUGAGUAUAGAGGCACAGGUCGUGGAUUUGUGGUCUUUCAUGCCAAGUUUGCUGAGAACUACAGGUUAUACUCCCGAAGUCACUUUGUCAAGGGCCUCGAGCUGAUGAUCCUGCUUAUUGUGUACCAAAUCUUUGGAAAUUCAUAUAGAGAUCCAGUAGCAUAUAUUUUGAUCACGGUUUCUAUGUGGUUCAUGGUGGGCACAUGGCUUUUUGCUCCCUUCCUCUUCAAUCCUUCAGGAUUCGAGUGGCAGAAGAUUGUUGAUGACUGGACUGAUUGGAACAAAUGGAUCAGCAACCGCGGAGGGAUUGGCGUGCCCGCAGCAAAAAGCUGGGAAUCAUGGUGGGAGAAGGAGCAGGGGCAUCUUCGACAUUCAGGAAAACGUGGGCUCAUUGCUGAGAUAUUGUUAGCUCUGCGCUUCUUUAUCUACCAAUACGGGCUUGUCUAUCACUUGAAACUAACAAAACAGAACAAGAGUGUUUUGGUCUACGGCAUCUCAUGGCUUGUGAUUGUGGCUAUAUUGCUGGUCAUGAAGACUGUGUCCGUGGGAAGGCGCAAGUUCAGUGCGAAUUUUCAGCUCGUGUUCCGGUUAUUUAAGGGCCUUAUCUUCCUAACAUUUGUUUCCAUUCUGAUCACUCUGAUAGCCCUUCCCCAUAUGACAGUGCAGGACAUUGUUGUAUGUAUUCUGGCAUUUAUGCCAAGUGGAUGGGGUUUGCUUCUGAUUGCGCAAGCUUGCAAGCCACUUGUUCAACGUGCAGGCUUUUGGGGGUCAGUCCGGGCGCUCGCUCGUGGCUAUGAAAUCAUCAUGGGCUUACUUCUGUUCACCCCAGUUGCGUUUCUAGCCUGGUUUCCAUUUGUUUCGGAAUUCCAAACCCGGAUGCUGUUCAACCAAGCCUUCAGCAGAGGUCUACAGAUCUCACGUAUUCUUGGUGGUCAGAAGAAAGACCGGUCAUCCCGCAACAAAGAGUAAAAUCAGCUCUAGAUGGCCAUCUCUACACCAUGAAGGAUCUCCAUGAGAUCAGCUCUUUUUGAGGGGUCACAAGAUCACUUCUCUGCGGAUAUCUCUGCUGAAGUUUAUCUGUAUUAGAUGUGAUGGUCCUCGACAGAGAAGAAAUAGUGCUUGUUUAUGAUGGUAUUGACUCGAGCAGUAUUGACCCAAGCAGUUGUUCCAGAUAACGAUCUUCCAUUAAGCGAUGUCUUCUCUGUCAAUUUUGUCAGUGGUAGUCCGAUAAUCAAAUCAAUGCAAUUCCUUCUGUAGUAAGAGAAAUCUGUUCCGUAAUUAUUAGCAAUACUUGCUUUGGCAAUGUUUAUCAGCGUAUCUCUUAUCUCUGGUAUUAUUAGGUUCUCUAAGCCCACUCCUGCAAUCACAUGUGCCAGCCUAACAUGUUUGUAUGGCAUUUGAGCAAGUGGGUCAGAAGCCCGUAGGUUAAAUAGUAAGUAGAACCAUGCUCAGAGGCUCCACAAUGCUACUUCUUGUAAAUAGUCGGCACCUCCCACUUUCUGAACUAACCUUUGGGAUUCUCUAAAGCUGAGACAUGUAAAGUAUAUAUUUGGUUCCAAUACCAAAAAAUUGUCAGAUUUUCAUUAUCAGAGACUUAACUAUCGUUCUUGA